UUACCAGUGAAUAUACCGUGGUAACUUAGGUCGGCAGCGGCCGUCUAUACGGAGUGUGUAGGACAGCGCGACGUAAACGAUUAAUGUCAACCGUUUGUUUGCGGCAUGUUUAGAGAUAUAGGAUACUUCCAACAACUGAAUAUAUUAUUUGUAGGAUGUGUUACCGAAGCAGUAACAUAUGAACAAAGAUACGCUGACUAUUGCUUAUUUCUUAGGUUUUAAGGGAGCCACAGUCAGCAAGCAAGCCGGUUUAAUUUUCUAUUAGUAACUUCAUCAAUGAGGAACACAUAAUUGUUAACACUGUAAGGGGCAAGUUAUAAAGCGAUCUCAUUAAGUCGUCAUCCAAUAUCAAUUGCCCGUCUGGACAGUAUUUGCACUAUGUCGGAUUGUCAAAGUGACCACAGCGAUGAAAACGAAGAUGUAAUCACCCCUGCGGAGCUCAUCGUGAAAUUAGAAGAGGCAUGGCUCAAUGAGAAGUUUUCCCCUGAACUGCUGGAGCACAAGAGUGAAAUUGUAGAGUGUGUGAUGGAGCAAAUCGGGCACAUGGAAGAAAAUCUGCAGCGAGCGAAGAAGGGUGAUAUCAAAGCCAACAUUCAUCGGAUGGAGAUUGACCGCAUCCGCUUUGUCCUUAACAGCUACCUGCGCUCUCGCUUACAGAAGAUAGAGAAAUUCUUCCCUCACAUUCUUGAGAAAGAGAAGUCCCGUGAAGAAGGAGAUCCGUCAUUCUUGACAGCUGAAGAAUCAGUAUUUGCCAGAGAGUACCUGGCUAACACAGAGAGCUAUAUGAAUAAAGUGGCUCUGAAACACAUGCCUCCCAACCUCCAACAUAUGGACAUGCUGAAAGCAGUCCCUAAGCCCUGUCUGGACACUUUUGUAUUUCUCAAUGUGAAGGAGAGACAGGAGAAUAUUCUAGUCGAACAUGAAACCGAUGAUCAAAGAGAAUAUGUCGUGGACCUGGAGAGGGGAUCCCAACAUUUGAUGUGCUAUCGCACGAUAGCGCCCCUGGUGGCCAGUGGAGCAGUGAAACUUAUGUGAUUGGUGUUGGUGUGACUCAUUUUUUAAUAGUUCUGAUAAGAAUUGUGAAAGUUUCUUCACAAAGUAGACAUUGUCUCCUCUGUCUCACUUGCUCAACCAAUAGGUCUAUUUCAUUGUCUAUUUUUUUCAGCAACAUAAUAAAAUGAAGUUGAAGUAUUUCAACACUAAGCAUUUCAGUGUGUUGUGCUUAAGAGCUUUAAAAGCAAAGUGUACAUUGAUUAAGAGUCUUUGCUUACCUGUGGAGAAUAUUGAGGUUUUUGUAAGGGUAGGUUCAGAUUUGAUUAAAAAAUAAAACAUUUUUUUACUACA